CAUGGGGGAGUAAAGUAGAGGUCAGCCCUGCCACUCUCAUUUCCAGCAGUCUCUCUGGAGGGUUGUGGGGAAAGAGAAGGAACAUUACCACUUUUUCGGCAAAAGGAAGACUAGAAUUAGAAUUCUGUAGCUUAUUAGCAAUCUACCUUUUGCAUUCGCUUUUUUCCCCAGCCAAGAAAACCAAUAGCUAGGAAAGAUAACUGGUAGAGAGGACAGAUGGGUCCGACCUGAAUUUUCCCUCAUAGAAAAAAAGUGAGAAGAAAACAGGACUAGACAGAAAGAAAGGAGUCCUUAGGUCAAAGAGUAUGAUAUGGCCCAAGAUUUUGAAAGAAGACAGCAAGUAGAUACUACAUGAAUCAGAAGAAAGAGAAGGUCAGCACCAUGAGCAACUGUCUCCUGUUUGUGACUUUCUCUACUCUGGUGCAUCUCUCCCAGCUUCCUUGGGUGACAUGUGAAGAGAACUGUGUGAAUCCUGAGCACUGUCUGACCACCGACUGGGUCCACCUCUGGUAUAUCUGGCUGCUGGUGGGGAUUGGUUUGCUAUUCCUUCUGUGUGGCCUGACCUCAGUCUGCCUCCGCUGUUGCAUCAAUCGACAGCAGACAGGAGAGGAAGUGGGCCCACCACCGUAUGAAGUGACAGUCAUUGCCUUUGACCAUGACAGCACCCUUCAGAGCACCAUCACUUCUCUUCAAUCAGUCUUUGGACCAGCAGCCCGCAGGAUUUUUGCAGUAGCUCACUCUCACAACCCCAUGCAGAUACCUUCACUGACCCCGAGCCUGGAGCCACUCCCAGGCUAUGAGGAAGCUCUGCACAUGAGCCGCUUCACAGUGUCCAAGUGUGGGCAGAAAGCUCCUGAUCUGGCUCCAGUGCCUGAAGAGAAGCAACUGCCCCAUGGGGAGAAGGACAUUCCCCAGCAACAGAUAGAGGAUGCCCCCAAUUGAGUCACCUGGCGUGUGAGAACCAAGUGUAGCACUUGGAGCACCCCUCUCUCACAUGGAGUCCCUAGGAUAGCUAUCCCAGGUUCAAGGUAGGAUCUGUAAUCACUCAAAACUCUAGUUCUUGAGUCUCUUCCAACAUGUUUACUUUUUCCUCCAGUCAGCCGGAGGAUACAAUUUGUUCAAAGCAAAGGCAUUUAAUGAAAUAACAUAGUAAUAAGAAUCAAAAUAGAACAUUCCUUCCCAUAAACCUGGAGAACACUGUCACAAACAUACACACUGUGUGGUGAUGGGAAAUGGGCACAUGCUUAAAGAAUGUGUUUCCAAACGCCAUACGUGCAGGACUAAGUCAUCUCCAAGGCUGCAGGACAAUGACUGUCUCCUGAUAAAGUCACCAUGUUGUUCUCAUUGGUCUUAUUUCCUGAUUAGUGUAGAAUCCCCACUGGGUAUAUUGCUCUACUAGUUCCUGAUAUUUUUGCAAUGACUGGUGGGCAUGUAGUCUCACAAGGGGACUGCUUUUCUGAUUUCUAGUGAUCUAAUGUUGACUUCUGAGUAUGAUAGUCUCUGUAGGACAUUGUACCCCACUACCUGUUUCUGGGCUUCUUCUCUUUAGGGUCACUUGUUGGCCAUCUCAACUCUCACUUACAGUGUAGUGGCUUGAAUGUCCCCCUACUAAGGGCAUAUCGAUGGAGCUUUAGUCAAGCCACCACACCCUACUAGCAAAAGGCCGAGUGCCUCUAGGCUGAUUAAGUUUUCUUUUUCUUUUGUUUUAACUUAUUUUUUUUAACUUACAGAAUAAAACAAGCAUUUCCAUAACAUCAU